AAGCUUCUUCACAUAUGAAAUGUUUUUGUAGCAUAUGUAAGUCCGUACAUAAAGAGUAGUCUAAACUGUAAGGAUAAGGUUUAUGAGUUUUGCCAGCCACACAUAAUUUUGGCAUUGUUGUGCGCAAGUAUAGCCUGUUAUGCUUAAUUUCAAGAUACAAUUUCCCGACAACUUCUUCUUCAGAAUUCUAUCUAAGAGUCACGAAAUCCUAUUACUCUAAUCUCUUCAAAUGGGGUGCAAGGUAAACCAUUCAAUUAGCUCUCUAGCACUUUUCAAAGUCUCAACAAAAAGAGCAAAUCUUUGCCCCAGAAAAAUCAUAACUUUCUCAUCCUCUCCCAACAGUCAAAUCCAGCAAACUCAAGAGAUAAAAACUAACCAUUACACUGUCAAUUUCAAGACUUUGGGAGCUUGUAAGCUUGGAAUUGCUAAAUAUCCUGAUUUUGGUUACAAUGCUGAAGGUGGGAAAGGAACUGGGUCUGCUUCGAGAAAGGCUGAAGAAACCACCUCUGAUGAUGAUGAACUUUUGGUUUCUUUUGACCUUAAGACACUGUAUAUUCCACCAUUGACGAGUUCAACCACUAAGUUCUUGGGUUUACCACUGCCACCAUUUUUGAAGAUCAGUAUCGACCCACAACACUUUAAAGGGACUAUCAAUCCAAACUCUGGCCAGGUUGAUCUUGAAUUCAAAGCCAAGUUUUGGUUUACAAUAGGGAGUUUGUACAAAGCGCCAGCACUGAUAGUGGAGACGGUGUUAACAAGUGAGGAGUCAUUAGUUGGGAAAAUGAGAAGAGGAAGAGGAGAAAGGUUGGACAAAGAUGGAAAGUGCAGAUUGGUGGGAGUGGCUACCGUUGAUCCUAUUGAUGAUUUCCUCAUGAACUCGUUCCUUGGACUUCCUACUGAGUGCCUUGCCGACCUCAAUGCCAUCAUAUCCUUUACUCCUUCACCAUAUUGAUUUCUUUGUAUGUAUUGAUACCUUUUCUUUGUUCAUAUAAAUUCUCCACACGGACCACACAUACGUGUACGUAAUCAUUAAUUGCAAUAUGAGAAAUUUCAAUUACUGUAAUAAAAUUAUUACUUGUUCAAUCGAUAUUGUAAAGAAACAGAGAAAAGGUACUAAUGGUUUCCUUCCUUCUAGUUAGUCAUUCUGUUAGUUGAUUAGGAGUUUGUUAAAUCUACAAUUGUAGCUCUUAAAGUCAAUUAUCCCA